AUGGACGAGUCCGGUUCAUCCCGGAACGGGCCAACGGCCGGCGGUCCGCCCGAUGCCAGCGGAUACGCGUACAAAAACGAAAUCUCACUCUCGAUCGGCGAGGACGAUCAGAAUUCGCGCACUAACAGCACGGCAGUGCCAACACCUUCACCACGGCACGUCGAGCUACCGAUGUCCGGUGAGGGUGACACCAACGACUACGCUGCCCUUAAUCGAUCCAGUACCUCCGGUGGUUCACCGGGAGGAAAAUCGAACGGGCUGGAUAAUCCCGCGUUCGAGCUCGAUCAGGACAAACGGCCGCUCAGUUCGUUCGGUGUGCAGCCCAAGGACGAAAAGUCGCUUGGCGUUGUGUCGAUGAAUGGAAAGGCGGCCGGAGAGAAACCACUCGCCGAAGCCGUCAACCUGGAGCUGCUUAACAUGUCCUCGAAGCCGGCCGCUAAUGGGCAUCAUCAAAACGGCACUAAUGGGACUGCAGGCGCGCUUCCGGUCAAGAAGGACACCGAGGUGGACCUUGGCGAUCCGUACGACGAGUACUUCGUGCCGGUCAACGAGCACCGGAAGUUUAUGAGUGUGUCCUUCCAAAAACCCCGCCAUGGCCACCCGGCGGCAUGGCACGGUCGGCAUGGUCGCGGGGUCGACUACACCGGGCACUCGGUCAGUGAGCCCGCCCCCGGCACGAUGGACUAUAAACAGUGGACCAAAAUCACGAGGGGUGAAAAGCUGUACGUCACGAAGGAUAAGCGCGAGAAGAAGCGCAAGAACUGGCCCUUCUGGUUGCUGGGGCUAGCGAUUCUGCUAGCCGUGAUCGUGGUCGCCAUACUGGCCGGAUCCGGUGUCAUCUUUAACGAUAGUCCCACUCCUGUUGAGUCACGCCAGUUUGGCGAUAAAGUGGCCACGGCGGGCGUAUUUGGUGCGGGUGGAAAACCACGAUCGGAAAAUGCAACCACAACGACGACGACAACGACGGGGAAAUCCACUAGCACUGGCUACCCAACGACUCCAUCACCUUCAAGCUCGACCAUACCGCCGGUUCCACCGACGACUGAGGAGGUUACCACUUACGUACCGAACACCCUCGAGGGUCAGAUCACGCUGACGAACGUGGAGUUCCUGGAAGCGUACCGCAAUCCAAACAGUUCUGCUUAUCGGGCGUUAGCAGCGGAGCUGGAAGAAGAACUCAAGGACACGCUUAGUACUCCGGAUUCGCGGGGUCCCAUCUACGUCAAGAUCCUGAACAUGAAGCCUGGUUCGGUGGUCGUGGAUUAUCGCGUCAGCUGGGAGGCGAAUGCGAUGGAGCUAUCCGAGGACACGAUGAAGCACCGGUUGAGCAACGCCUUGCUGCAGAAUGGCAACUACUUGUCCACGUACAUUGUGCCGACUAAUACGAUCCGUGUUGCCAGAUUGCCCGACGUUUGCGUCAUGCGGAAUUCUGCAAUGAACUGCGAGUAUGGCUGUACAUUUGAUCCGAAGGUUGGUGAUUUCAUGUGCACCUGCCCCAGGGGAAUGCUGCUGAAUAACGAGGAUGAAAGGACGUGCUACACCCCGGUUCCGGCACUCAACGUGCACGAGCUGGAAGAUGAGGAACCAAAGAGCGAACCAGAGCCAGCGAGUGAACCAGAACCAGCGAGUGAACCAGAACCAGCGAGUGAACCGGAACCUAAUAGUGAACCAGAACCAGCAAGUGGGCCAGAGCCUACUAGCGAACCAGAACCAGCUAGUGAACCUGAGCCAGCUAGUGAACCAGAGCCUGCUAGUGAACCAGAGCCGGCUAGUGAACCUGAGCCAGCUAGUGAACCUGAACCAGCUAGUGAACCAGAGCCGGCUAGUGUACCAGAGCCGGCUAGUGAACCAGAGCCAGCUAGUGAACCAGAGCCGGCUAGUGAACCAGAGCCAGCUAGUGAACCAGAGCCAGCUAGUGAACCAGAGCCUGCUAGUGAACCUGCUAGUGAGCCAGAACCUACCAGCGAACCAGAGCCUUCUAGUGAACCUGAGCCAUCGAGCGAACCAGAACCAUCUAGCGAACCAGAACCAACAAGUGAACCAGAAUCAGCACAUGAGCAUUCUAAAAAAUCAGAAGCAGUAGCAGAACCAGAACCGACGAGUGACCCCGAGCCUUCAGCGGAGCCUGAAUCGUCAGGAUCGGAUAUCUACACGAAGGCGUCUUCCAGUGACCACUCGGCCAAGCUGAUCGUUUCCACUGAAGCAUCCACUACGGAGGCAGAACCCCAAAGUGAACCGGAGCCUUCUAGCGAACCGGAGCCCUCGAGCGAACCGGAACCUUCAAGCGAACCGGAACCUUCGAGCGAACCAGAACCUUCAAGUGAACCGGAACCCUCGAGUGAACCAGAACCGACUAGCGAACCGGAACCGGCAGUAGAACCUGAGCCAUCGUCGACUACUGAUUUAGUGAAGGAGAAGUCGACGGAGUCGGAGAAAGUGCUACUGCAAGCCAUUAAGUCCACAACCGAACGUGAAGUGAUCAUCUCGACAUCGACACUCGGUCAACCGUCCGUGACGUACUCAACGACGGAUGAUUCUCAGCUGCCGGACUUUAUGUUCGUUGAUCAAGCUUCCAUGGCGCGGCACAUGAGCACGACGGAACACUCAACGCCCAAGGACACAUCGUCGGUUACGGAGCAGGCUGUGAACGGCGAAACACCUGCACCCGUCACGGAAACGAUCGUAGACGAUACACCGAUGCCGUCCACCUCGAGCUACUUCGUAACACCGAAGCCAACCACCGCACCUACGGCGAAAUCCGUCAACGGUUUCGAAGGACGUUCGUUGCCAGCUAACGAAACCACCGAAAGCGGAAGUCCGGUGUAUGCCACGUCCAGUCCUAUUUCGCUGGAGCAGUGGCGUUCUUCGACUAGCUUCGCAACCUCCACAGAACCAUUUGGACGAGAGUCGGGUCAGGACGAGGUGAGUCCUUUCCUGCCGGCAGGGAUCGAAACAUCCAGUGCGCGGAACGCAGCCACACAGUCGUAUGCCGUAACCGAGACCGUGGUAGAAGCGGAAACGGCCGCACCAAUUUUGGCGGCACACAACGAGUCACCGUUCCUGCCCGAGACGGAGAAUAACGCGAGUUUGGUGAAGAUCCUGCACGAGGGGCUAGACCGUCACGAGGCCUACGAAAUUGAGACGCAACCGCAGUUCGUGGACGUGGUGCCGCUUACGAAGGAUGGCGAUCGAAAUGAGUACAAGAAGCAGCUGAACACGCACGUCACGGAGACGAUCUACAUCACGACGACCAUCCGCAGCCCGGUACCGGUCACGACGGAUUCGCUGGAGGAGCUGUUGUCGGUGGCAAGUUCGCGGAACGUCGUGGAACAAACCACGAACAGUGAGGAUGAAGAACUGAUGACUAGCACGGAGCGUAGGAUGGAAGAACCUACUACGACGGUGAUGGAGCAAACCCGGCAAGCGAUGCAGCAGGAGAUGAGCACGAGUUCCACCGAGUCCUCGUCGACUCGCAAAGAUGUACGGAUGCCUAACGACUCCUCAACGGAGCAGAUGUCCGACGGUGCGACUACGGCGGUGAUGAACGAAUCGAACGCGGACGAAAGUACGGAACCUCUCCUCCAGACGACCACGAACAGCGGCGAGGAGUCGAUCGCUGCGACAACGCUCGAGAUGGAGGAAGAGAAAACCACCCUCAUGGAGCGGAUGGAAAUGGGCGAAAAAUCUGGUCUGGUCCCUUCGACAUCUACAACGACAACAACAGAAGGCACCAGUUCUACCACCACCACUACCACAACGUCAUCAACGACAACAGUGGCACCAUUGGUGACGGAAGCACUGGAACGGAUCACCGCGAUCGAGAAGGACCUUAUCAGCCUGAAAGAGAACGACCUGACCGAAGACAACAACAUUCUGGACAACGAUCUUCGUGUCAUACCCUUAAGCCCGGUGUGGACAAAAGAAACGACGCCAGGAUCAACGACUCCACCGGGAACUCCCGAAGCAACGAACGGUGCAGCUCAGAACCUGAUCCCAACCACGACGACCGGUCAUUUUUUAGACGAAACGACGUUUCAUUCGAUUAGAUCUGAGCGGUCGAAUGGAACGUCGUUAAUCGGAAGCCGCUUCUCGGAGCAGGAAGACCGGACCGGACCCACCAGCGUGUCCAUGUUCACGAAGUGUGCCGUCGGUCAGUUCGAGUGCACCAACGGCACCUCGAUCAAGGACGGUAGCUCGUGCAUCCAGCGAUCGGAACGGUGCGACUCAGUGUCCCACUGUUCGGACAACUCGGAUGAGCAGGACUGCGAGCGGCUUGGUUGUCCGGGACAUUUCCAGUGUCAGGAUGGCGUGUGUUUGGCGCGCCAGCACGUGUGCGAUGGUAUCGCCCACUGUCAGGAUGCGUCAGAUGAGCAGGAUUGUGCGGCGUGGCAGUGUAACUUCGACGAGUUGUCGUGCGAUCCGGCAACCGGAAAUGGGCCCUGUUUGCCGGCCUUGUGGAAGUGUGAUGGGUUGGAGCAGUGCGCCAAUGGGUACGACGAGAGUAACUGUCCGGAUACGUGCACGAACGAUGAGUACUUCUGUGCUGGACAGCGCAAGUGUAUCCCGGAAGCGUGGCGUUGCGAUGGUUCGAUUGAUUGUAGCGAUGGCGAGGACGAACGGUUGUGCGAUUGUCCGCUGGAUAGCUUCAAGUGUCACACCGGCGGUUGUGUGGCGGGUGCGUACGUUUGCGAUGGACAUGCGCAGUGUCCGGAUCAGUCAGACGAAUGGAACUGCUACCAGUUGGACGCUGAGACGGGAUCUUUACGCGUUAAACGCAACUCCUCCGAAGCGCUGGCUGUUUGUGGGGAUGGUUGGAAUGGACAGCUGGCGGAGUUGGUGUGUGCUGAGCUGGGAUAUGCCGGAGCUAGUAAGAUCCUGUUCACGCGAGUCACCGGAAAUGGGUCACUGGUGGACAGCAUGUACCGCGUGACGGAGAAGAACCGGCUGGAGUUCGAACCGAUCCACCUGAUGGAGUGCAACCAGGGACUGGAGUUGUACUGCGAGGAAUACCGUUGCGGUCGUGAAAGGAUACAACCAACGCUCGAACAGCGGAUCGCUGGUGGUGCAACAUCGGAACCCAACCAGUGGCCAAGUUUGGCACUGGCCUUCAGUAACAACGCCGCUAUCAAGUGCACGACUAACAUAGUUUCCCCACGAUGGGUGUUGGCCAGCUACACCUGCAUCAUGGGCAAGACGGAGUUCGUGAACAACCGCAAUGUGGCCGAUAUGAGCUGGAAACUGUUCGCCGGAAGCGCACAGUUCAACGCGUCACUGGAGGAACCGGAAUCCAGCAACUCAAACGCCUCGUACCAGAUCGUGGACGUGAAACGCAUCGUGCCGUAUCCACAGUCGAAGUACAAGCAGUUCAUGUACACCGGAGAUGUCGCACUGCUCGAGUUGGCCAGCCCACUCAGGCUGAACGAAAGGGUCGGCAGCGUUUGCCUCACGAAAGCAGCCAACAUCGACUCGGAGCAGAUCUGUCUCACCGCCGGUUGGGGUUCGGAUCUCGAGAAUACGGCCACGACGGAGCAGUACCUAAAGUACCUGCCCGUACCGACGAUGCCUGCGGAUCAGUGUAACUCCUCGAUGCACUAUAAUGGAGCCCUGCCCAACGACGCCAUCUGUGCUGGAUACCUCAACAGCAACAAAACCACCUGCUACAAUGAUGAAGGUGCUCCGCUGAUGUGCUAUCUCGACGGAUCCGGCCAAUGGCAGCUGGAGGGUAUCCUAAGCUACCACGGCAACUGCGGCAAGCGGCCACACCCGGCCAUCUACAAUGCAAUUACCUCAACCAUCUCCACCUGGAUCCGGAACACCGUCGGUAACGAGCUGAUGUUCGACCGAAGCGCCUCACAUACGACCGUCGGAAUCGCUUCAGAGGCCGUUAGCACCACCGGCGGUUCCUCGUCCACCUACAGUACCACUACACCGGGGUCUACGAGUGGCCUCAGCAGUUCGACUGCAGCUUCCACAUCCGCCGAUCGGUAAUCAAUCCGUCGGGCCGGGUUUCGCAAUCGCACUAGGCGAGCACGUUUUGUACAUAAUGUC